AUGGCGCCCGUACUUCUGUCACUCCUUUGGGUUGGUCUUGCGGUCAGCCAAGCAACGCCCCUAAAAGUCGUAAAGACAGGCAACACGCCCAAUGGCUUUUCCAAUGCUCCGCGAGGUUGGAACUCGUUUGGGCUCCAAGCCAAUCCCUCUAUCAACCCGUCGUUUAAAUUCGACCAAGAGCAUGUUACAGAGCAAGCCGAUGCUCUUGUUGCCAAUCUGCCUUCUUCAAUUUUCGAUACGGGUGACUACUACAUCUCCCUGGAUUCUGGCUGGAGCGUCGGCGCAAAUGGCGAUGAGUACGGCCGCAUUGUUUACGACUCGAGCAUAUUCAACAUCUCGACUCUAGCGUCGUACCUUCAUUCCAAAAACCUCAAACUUGGCGUAUACAUCUUGCCUGGUGCAUUUUGCAAUGAUGGCGACAAGAUGAUAUAUGGCACCAAUAUACCUAUCAAUGCCACAUUCAGCGGAAACAAUGAUGGAUUUGCUAGGUGUGAUUUUGAUUUCUCGAAGGAUGGUGUACAGCAGUGGCACGACUCCGUUGUCGGUUUGUUUGCUGUAUGGGGCGUGGAUCUCAUAAAGCUGGACUAUGUAACCCCCGGAUCACCAGAUAACGGGGGACAUCUCCCAGCUAACAAUUCCGGGUCCGUGAUAGCGUACCACAAUGCAAUCAAGGGAUUUGGUGGAGCGAUGCGUCUAGACAUAUCCUGGAAACUGGAGCGCAAUUCAACAUACCUAGAUAUAUGGGAAGCGAACGCCGAUUCCAUGCGUACUGAUCAAGACAUCAAUAACAGCGGUAGUUCGAGCUUCGUUGCAUGGAAGACCGUUCAACGCGCCAUUGAAAACUACCGCGACUUCAUCAGCGGAGUGGUUGCAGCCAGCGAUCAACCCACCUUGACGAUUCAUCCAGAUUUGGAUAAUCUUUACGUCGGCAACAACCAGAGCAUAACAGGAGUGUCAGACAGUAUGAGAGAGACAAUAGCCACUCACUGGAUCGGUGCUGGCGCGAAUCUCAUAUCUGGAUCCGACAUGACCAAACUCGACGCUUUAGGCAUACGAUUACUGAGCGCCCCCAAUGCCCUAAACGUCGCUCAGUUUACCGCCCAGUAUCCUAUGCAGCCCCGCAAUCCGGGAACCGGGCAGAACAAGUCUCAGCAGCUGCAAGCUUGGAUUGCGGGGCCUAGUGAUAAUGGGACUGCUGUUGUGGUGCUUGCGAAUUAUGGACCGGACCAAGGCCAAGGGGGUUUCGGGACCACGUACAGCGGACCGCAAGGGGUGAAGGUGUCAUGGGCAGAUCUCGGGAUACAGGGUUCUUAUCAUAUCAGUAAUGUUUGGACGGGUGCUGACUUGGGGGUUUUCAACAGCUCUUUCAACGCUACUCUAGAUGAAGGGGAGAGCCAGCUGCUGAUGUUGACACCUGUAAAUACCUGA